AUGAAUUUAGAAUUGUUACCCAAUGAGAUUUUAUUGGAUCUAUUCGAUUAUUUCGAUGGUAUUGAUCUUCUUCGUGCAUUUUAUGGUCUCAAUUUUCGCUUUAAUUUUCUUCUCGACAAUCAAUUUCGAGCGUAUCGUUUUAACUUCUCUUUUGUGUCAAAACAUGAUUUCGAUAUGAUUUGUCAACAACAUCUACCACGUGUUGCCGAUCGAGUUGUUUGUCUUAGUCUUUUUGAGCAUGAAGAAACUCCAAAGCAAAUUAAUCUAUUUCUUUCUUAUCUUCCAUCAUUUGAUAAAUUUAUUCAAUUGCGAUCAUUUUCACUUUAUGGUAUUCGAUCAUAUAAAAGACUAGUAAAAAUUACCCAUGAAUGUUAUCAUCUUUGUAAUCUAACACAUUUAAAUUUCUACAAUUGUUCUUUAGAAGAUAAUCAAGUUGAUUUUCAAUUACUUGUCAACAACAUUUGGAGUUUGUCCAAACUUGUUCACUGUAAUUUUAGUAUUGAUAUCAAAGGGGAAAAGUUUUUUCAUACACCAACAAAAAAAUCCAUAUCUCUCAAACGUCUGUCUAUAUAUGGAAGUGCACUGAAAUUGAAAGAGAUAUACCGAUUGUUUGAAUACACUGAUCGUCUUAAAAGUCUUUCGAUAAAUGUCGAAUUCGAUGAUAAUAAUAAUGAUAUACUAUCUCCUUUUCCAACAUUAAUUGAAUUAUACAUCAUUUGUUAUCAUCGAACAGUCACCUCGAAAAUGAUUUCUUUAUUGCAAAACACACCUAAUUUACGCCGUUUGAACGUUAGUUUAUGGUCUAAUUUCAUCGAUGGCCAUCAAUGGGAACAAAUCAUUCGUAACUACUUGCCAGAGCUCAAAAUAUUUCGACUCGAAAUGGGAGAGACAAUACCUUUCGAUCAAAAUAUAGAAGAACGAGUCGAUGAACUGAUUAAUUCAUUUCGAAGUUCAUUUUGGAUUGAUGAACAUCAAUGGUUUAUUCGAUGUAUUAUUCAAACGAGAACUAUUCACCUUUACACUUUAUCUAAAGUAUUUUCUAACUACAACAGUGUGAUUCUUGACUCAUUUAGAUCAACUGAGCCACAUGACAAUCAACAAAAGUAUUACAAUAAAAUGACUAGUAUUGUAAAUGAAACAUUCUUUGACCAACCGAUUCCCUCGUACAUUCUUUUGCCUAAUAUUGAAUAUCUUUGGAUAACACUUCCUAUAAAUAAUCAGUUUUGGUCGAUUGUUCCAAGUUUGAAUCGUCUAAACUCACUUACAUUAGUGUCCUAUAUUGAUACUUUCCAAUCUCAAUUAAAAGCUUUACUUGAUCGAGCACCUUGUCUUCGUCGACUCUGCGUCAUUCAAGAUGCAUCGCUACAUUCACAAAUGUUAUUAUUCCGAUACACAAAUCCAUCAAUUCGUCAACUUGAUUUACGAGACUAUAAUCAUUAUUUCAAUAAGGAAGAAUGUAUUAGACUGAGUCAUUCAUCAUUAGGUAGUCAGUGUGAGGUUCUUUCUAUCAUGAUUAAUAAUCGUGAAAGUAUUAUUUAUUUUGUCAAAAAAAUGAUCAAUCUCCGCUCAUUAAAUGUUCGAUGUGAAGAUGAAAAGUACCAUAAACGAUUAGCAAUAGUCAAGAAGGGCAAUAAUAAAUAUUCUGACGAAAGAGUGCAAAACAAAGAUGAUCUUAUUCAAUGGUUAAAACACCAUUUGCCAUCAACAUGCUUGAUCGUAAGAAAUCCAGACUUGGUUAACUAUAUUCUUAUUUGGAUUUGA